AUGCCUACAUUAAAUCAAUUGAUUCGUCAUGGUAGAGAAGAAAAACGGCGCACGGACCGUACUCGAGCUUCGGAUCAAUGUCCCCAGAAGCAAGGAGUACGCCCGCGUGUACCAACGAGAACACCAAAAAAACCUAAUUCAGCUCCACGUAAGAUAGCCAAAGUACGGUUGAGCAAUCGACAUGAUAUAUUUGCUCACAUUCCAGGCGAAGGUCAUAAUUUGCAGGAACAUUCUAUGGUCUUAAUAAGAGGAGGUAGAGUGAAAGAUUCGCCAGGUGUGAAAUCCCAUUGUAUUCGAGGAGUCAAGGAUUUGCUGGGAAUUCCGGAUCGAAGAAGCGGCAGAUCAAAAUAUGGUGCAGAAAAACCCAAAUCGAUAUGAAUGGAAGAUGCCUCUUUCGCUUUUUUUCUCGGUCAGUCGAGGGAACAACCACAACGUUACGCCACAAAAGAAAACUCUACGGGGCCCUUCCGAAUGACCUAGAAUAUAGUUUACUACACUAGCCAAGAAAGAGUGUAGUAUACUAUAUUUGCCCGUGGAGAAAGAAUCCAAAAAUAUAAAGGUAUUGCUUAUAAUAGUUGCUCGUUCAUAAAUCCACUCGACCACUUGUUAGUCUUGCUACACUACACGACACGAGUCUAGGGUAAAGUUGAAGCAGACACGGUCAAGUGAAGUCGACUUCACGGGUGAUCCAGCAUACCAUAUUGAAAUAUGAAAGAAGAGAAGGUCUCGCCCAGGUGGCUCCCGCAAGGUAACGACCUCAAACUCAAACAAAGAACGCUCUUCUCCAAGGCAUGAGUAAAAGAAAAGAAUGUUGUAUAUAAUGCAAGACCCGUCGAUAAGCAAAGGCUAAGGUUAGAGUAAAAAAAGACUAGGAAAGCGAAUCUCGCCGAUAACCCCUUUUUUUAGGAGGGUCUAUUUCCUUUCCACACCUGUGUCGUACAACCACCUAAAGCGCUUCACUCUUAGCUAGACGAAUGCUUCUCACCUGAGAAUCCCUUCUGCUACUAGCGGAAAUCCUUGCUUCGAACUGACUUAAUAGGGUAGGGCGGCUAAUGAACUAAUACGACUUUAUAGAUGGAUGCAGGAGACCACUUUGCUACCGCUAGCCUUAGAAAGCAAAGCCAGAAGUGAGCUUCUUUGUCGACUCAAAUUCCCCCCUUCCCUGUCGCCUUUGGCUAAAUUCCUUGCUUCGCUAUACAGCUAAAGAACAACUACGACCGCACAACGACUAUAAAGGUGACUAAGGAUAACACCCUUGUUUCUAGCCAGCUCCUCUAGUUGAAAGAGAAUCCCGAAGAGUUUUUAUUUUGGUGAGAUACUCAUGCAUAUAUUUAGUAUCCUUCUUUUUUUCUUUAAGAGGUAAGGUAAAACUUGAGCUGUAUUUGACGAGCAGCAGCUUGAUCGACAUAAAGCUUGUGGAUUGCAUCCCAAGUUUUCUUGGCAGUAGUGGUACCGGUAGGAUCAUAGACGUGUUAAAGGAUUUCAACGGUGAUGGUGGAGUUGAUCCAUGUAAGAAGUAAGAACCAUGGUGUCGAGUUGACGCCAUUGAACAUAUGCUGGAUUGAGGGAGAGAGAGCCAUUUUCGCCAGGAAGAAAGUAAGGAGGGGCAGGGGUGGCGCCUUGAGUUCCCUUAACCGCGCCUGCAUAGCUAUGCUUCAUUCCAAUAGGAACAGGUUGGUCCCUUCCCUCGUUGAGUUCCCCCCCCCCGCAGGCGGCAACCGAAGGCUGAGGGUGUCUCGGUUCAGGUCCAGGAUGGCCCAUUUUGCAAAGCUUACAGGUUGCUUUCGGUUGUUUCCUUUAAGGAAACUAUUUGUAUUUGAGCGGAGUCCUUCUCAAUUUCCGGCAAAAGAAGGCAAAUGCAGGUGGUUCGAAGUGAAUGCGAGAACGAAGAGGAGCAGAAGAUCCCCUAUAAAACGAUUCCGAAGCCGUUGGCAAAGCAAAGAAGCGCUCUGAAAUAGGUCUUGAGAUAUGGCUACUACUUUUGAAAGUAAAUGGAGAAGACUAAGAAGGCGGGGAAGCCUACCGUACUGAACCAAAACUUCGAUCUUACCUCUCUUAUGCCUUCUAAAAAGAAACUUUAACCAAAAGAAGAUCUCUUUCCUUCACCCGCUUGUGCCUAUCUAUCCAAAACCUCAAUCGCAUUCGGAUGAUCCGCCCUGUCUCGUCUUGACAAGAGAAAGAACUCGUCGUAAUCACUCUUCUUCGAAGGCAUAGAGGCAAGAUCCCUGACCUUUACAUUGGUACCUCCCAAUAUGUGCCUGUGCCACGCCAUGAUUCCCUGCUCGUCGUUGAAGGUGAGCCCGGCAAGACUUCCGUCAUUGAAAACCACCCACAAAAGGGAAUAGGGCAUUUGCUGAAAGACCAUUCUCUUUAUGCCCGACUCCAUGAGAUGACUUCUUGAAUCCAGUCCAGAGCCAAGACCACACCUAGCAACCUCUUUUUCUGGCAACGCUAGCCCAUAGUAGAUAUAGUAGAUAAAGGUGGGGACAGGAAAUCGGUUUUGCAGAAACCCUCAGUGUGAUAUAGCUGCGCCAUGUUCCCCCGCUUCUAUUUCCCACUCACCUUUGACAUCAGUUUGCCACACCUUACUCACAAUAGGGUGGAACUCGGGGAGUGGGAGUUCAGUCAUGAAGUUGAAAAAGGAAGGAUAUGCACCCCUGUUCUAACCACACAGGCACUAUGAUCAGAGAGGCCCUUGGGGGUGAAUUCAACUUCAGAUUCAGAUAAAGGCAGAGAGCCAAAGCACUUACAAUUAGCAAGAGCUCUAUCCACUUUUCUGGAAAUACAAGAGGCCUCAUCAUCUUUCUUAGACCAUGUGACGAAGUGUCCCAUAUAUCUGAUGUCCUCAAGUCCUGCACUUUGAAGACAUGAAAUCAUUCAUAGCAGAGGACCAAGAAUCAGUCCCUCCAUUCUUUUUCCAAUUAGGAGUCCUGCCUUGGGAGCAUCCCGGGCAAGAUCUAUGGCUUCAGCUGCGGCUAAGCGAACUCCCUAUUCUAUAGAAGUGAAUAUGAGAGAAAAAGCUCUUCUUUCACAUAGUGGGAGGCUGGCCUUCUCUCUUCCCAAUUCUCCCAAUGAGACCUCUUUCACUCACUUAGUGGACGACCCAGAGGACUUUAAUAAGGCCCCUUUUGCCUCAUCACGAUCUCCCUGAAAAGAGGGUGAAGUAGCGGCUGGGGUCAGGUAAGGCUUUGUCGUAAGCCAAUCAAGAAAGACCUGAAACCUUGGUGUAGAAAGACUGGUUGCUGAAACUAGGGGUCGUGUCUUUUGUUCAGAUUGACCGAGAUGGUUUUAUUGAUUCGUUGGAAUGAAAAUAGAAUUAUAGCGGGAAAGCGGCUACUCUUUUUCUGAGGUGCCGCCUCAGUGUGAUUGACUCUUAGCUCGGCAUCGGGAGGAGUGAAAACCCCAUGCUAUGAUACCGGAAGCUGAGGCUCACAUCAUGUGAAUUCUUCAGGGAAUUGGGCCUGUGUACAGUAAUUGUUCAAAAAAACCCUACUCUUACUUAGUUCAUGCUGCCAGGACCAAGGGUGUCGAUAUGGCAAGUCUGGAGUCAGUUGAUCGGAUCCCUUUCUACCAGCAUUCGCGGAUCAACAUGACGAGAAGAGUUUGGUGCCAUGGAAGCUAACUCACCCUAUAGAGCCUGCUUUAACCAGCUGUUCGGGGCAAUUGGUUUUCUUUUGUUGUUAAGAGGAGGUGUGCCCGGGUGCACAUACAUAAUAAUAAUAGGAGGGUCUAUUCCCUCGCCUUUACUGUGAGUUUUCUUCUUAAUAAAGUUAGCUGGGCUACCUUGCGUUAGGAAGAGCUUACCUAACCCCUGUUUCCAAGCUUCGGAGAAACGAAAGAACAAUAGUUGGAAAACUCGUUCGUGUGGGAAUGCUCUCCGUCCCCGGGAGUUUAGUGCAGAUAGCACUAACAAGAGAAGAAGAACAGCAGCAAUCAUCCGCCUGAGAGCAGUCCAACCUUCGGGUAAGUUUCUCAGUCAAGUAGUGGUAACAGAUCUUUUUUAUAUGGUGUCUUCCCCGGGAGUUGAACCCUGCUAUCAGCAUGACUCUGAAGAGUUGACCCGUUCUGGGAACUACGAUUUUAGGUAUUCUAAUUAGGUAACUAGGAACGCAUGCUAAUGCUAACAAGAAGACUACAGUGAACAGAGCAAUAAAGAAGCUAACCUCACCCACCAAAGGGUUGACCUUCUUCAUAGGAGUUAUUCUCUUAGUAGACAUUCCGCGGUUCAUCCACUAAUGUUACAACAAUACAGUAAGUCACAAUAGGAGAACAAACAAAAGAGCUACUUCUAUAAAAAAAAGAGGAGAACGGGAUCUCCUCCCUUCUAGUUACCGCCCCGUGGGUCCUUCAAACAUGCUUUUUGAAGAUAGAAAUUAUAUUCUUUGUGGUAUAGGAAAGUGCCCUUUGGUUCCCCCACUCCUCCACAUUCAUAACAUUUACCAGAUCAGCACAAGACGCAUAACAGCCAACAACUGCCGAUGUGGAUCCUCACUGAUAAAUCGUCAUAUUUAGGAGGCAAACCACUGCCAUAGCACCGACUACUCCCAUCAAUACUAGCGCUUAAAGAGGCAUACCAUAGCAUGGCUCCACCUCUCUUUCUCCUCGGCGAAUAUACACUCUUUUUCGGAGAAUCGGGUAUGAUGGAUGUCCUGUAUUGGAGGUAAGCCCAUCCGUCUGUAUAAUUAGUAUUGGAAGGAAGGGUUGAGUCUUCCUUUUUCCGUCUAACGAGGAUUUUAGUGUUUGGAUAAUUAUUCCUAUUUGACCCGAUGCCGUACCCUUCGUGUGUUCAUGAUACAGGGCCGGGGUACUACAUAUUUCACAAAAAGAAGGUUUGACUACGAGGAUUGAAAAGUUGUUCAUUUUGUAACCUUUACCUCUAUCUACACAGUUUCAUUUAUACGUCUUCGACGAGCAAGACUUCACUGCUGACAUAGGGUGAGAGUCUCUCGACCAGAGGGGAGAGGAUAGGAGAGGGGAUAGCAAAUAAGAGUUCAGAUAAUGCCGCAUAUCCUGCUAAAGCUGUUGUAGCUACUCCAGCACCUAUUGAUUUUCUUUCUCAAGAAAGAGAAGAUUUUCCUAUCAUUCUAAUUGAAUAGCAAUUGCAGUUUAAAGAGCGGAUAACGCUGGUUAAUGCCUGGUUAAAAUUGUAGCUAAUAGGAGAGCUGAAGAGUAGCUUCCCUGUUACGCUUCUUCCUCGAAAUUCCUGUUAUUGUAGCUUGCAGAUUAAUGAUAGGUGUUGUCCCCCCGAUUUCCUCAAGAAAGGAUAGAACCAGAGUCUGCUAACUCGUCAAGAAAUAGAAACCGUUGUUCAGAUCUAUCAACAGGAGAAGAAAAGCAGUUGCCCUCUUCUUGUUCCUAGCCCGUCUGUCUUUCUUUCUAUAGAUCGGGUUCUGGGUUCUUCCCUCGAACUCCCCGAGUGGUAUUUCGUAAUGUAAAGCUAGUCUAAAGUAAAUGGCUAUUUAGAAGCUGGAAAGUAUGAUAUUCCAAUGUGGAUGAGCCCUAGUCUUAAGGAAGGGCGCUCGGCUAAAAGCUUCAAAGAAAGAAGCUCGGCUAAGCAGCAGAGGGGGUUCCAACAUCAGAAAGAGAAUCAGAAUCGAGUUCGGAAUCAGAAAUGGGGUAACCCUCAACCGGGGAAUCACCUGAGAUAGAAUCACCUCGAUCGACUAAGACAGAAGAAAGAGGGCUUCUUGCUUUAACCAGUCCUGGAAAGACUAGACGGAUAGUAGGGUAAGACUGGGUAACUCAUAGCUCAUGAAAGCCAAUCAGAAAAAAGAGUUUGUUUGGUUGAUUUCUGCCUGACUAAUCACCCUAUACUCGAGGACAGCUGUUCAACGGCAAUCCACUUCAUCAUGAAAGAGCGGUUCCAUCGGUUGAUUGCUGGGAAUGGAGUUGCUGUAUCCGAUGCUGCUGACAGAGCAGAAAGUCUAACGUUGGGUGAUGAUGGGACUAAGACUGCUUUAUCAUCUCCUAGAAGGCAAGAAGGCUAGAGGGCUAGUCCUUAUAAGACAUCACCUUCCCCAUGCUAUUCCAUCGCGCUCUCCUAUAUCUUCUCUAGCUCCAUUUCCAUCAUCUGCAUCUCCUGGGAUGGAUAAGGCUUAAAGGAAUACUGCUAGAAGGAAGACGGCAGAAGGCUCUUCGCUCUCCCGUGGAACCGAUUUACACAGAAAGACUACUAGUUUUCAUAUCCAGAGGCCAGAGGAAGGGACAUAGCCAUAUUUUUGUCCAAUAACAGAGAUUGCUAAACCCUAUGAAAAAUAGGAUGUGGCGGAAUUUGUCCUUGUGCGGUAUCAGUAUCAGUAGCUUUGUAAGAAGCCGGAGCUCUCUCUGGCACUGAUGUAGAUGGUGACUUAAACGUAGCUGGAUUUUUGAAUGAUAUGGCUACGUUGCUGGCACUGAAACUAUAACUAAUGGAGACAGAGCUGGUCUAGUAGCCGAUUCCCUCCCGUCCAAAGACUUGUUGAUGUGUAGUUCGAUUGGUCUCUGAAAGCUUCCCUGUUGGAGCUAGAUGAAGGAGAAGCGGUAAUUGGAGACGCUUGAGGAAAUAGGUAUUGAAUCCACAUACUGAGCCAACAAAGGAACCUCAUCUCCGGAAGGAUAUGAUAGGAACAUAUCUGAGUAGGAUCCUAAGUAUCCUACUGCGUGGUGCGUGGUACAGGAAGGGACCUACCACUGACCUUCCUUAUGGGGCAAUCUACCGACCACCCUAAUUGAGUUUAGGAUUCCAGUCGACCGAGUGCCCAAAGCUAUUGCUCGAGCAAGCACAUGAUAGCAGGAGAGGGAACACUCAUUGAUAGAAGGCCACGGCAGCAUCCUCCCCGAAAGCAACAUCCGUUAUUCUCCACCGGCAAGGGCACUCAAUAGACUAAAUACCAAAGGAAAAGCGCUUCGCCUCAACUCCCCUUUACAAAUAGAGCGGCAUGAGCAUCGCUAACAAUACCUCCAUCCGUAGUUUCCUACUCUCGAGUCAAUUCGUCAAAGACAAAGAAGCUUGGGCGAUGAGACUGCGGACGACGCCAAAAUAGACUCUAUACUCUUUCUACGACAACCCUAAAUAAAGUAGGAUGAAAAGGGAGCACUCGUAAAUAUCAUGUACCAUAAAAAGAAGAAAGGUUUCUUCUUGUUUCAUGCUUGUAUUAUACAGAGUAGACUCGGUAAAAAGAUGAGAUUCUCAGCCUCCAACAACCUCUGUCUCCUUUCUUUUAGUGAAUGCCGCAUCACUGGAUAUGGGACUAUACCUUGGUACCUUCAAAACUGGGUUCUAUUUACCCAAUUCUUUCUGUUUCUGUGAAGGCUGCCUUUGAGCUCAUCCCGCCCUUGUGAUUGUUUGGGUCUGCCAGUCUUUAAUAAGAAAUAGAACAGAGCAAUGAAGAAUGAAAAAGCAGACGCCCUAGGCGGAUCGCUUACGACUAGGUUUGGGAUCUUGGUAGCAUCAGAGCAGAGCUUUGGCUUUGCGGCGAUACUAUCUGGACCAGGGUCAGCAUCAAGAUUUGGAACAACUGCCCAUUUCAAAGGAAGAUGAAGCCGAAGUACGAGUCCGAUAUCUGUACUAAUUAAUGCGGCAAGACAAAAAAAGGAAUCCUUUCAUCCAAACCAUUCUGGAAGGCUCUCUUUCAUAAGACUCGUCGUCUAGUAGUGGCUAGACUCUGCGUGCGGCCUUCGCUCCUCGCUUUUGUUCAAUUAUAAAUAACUAUCUGUGCAGAUUUCCCAACAGCACCAAUAAGAAGUAAAAUACAAAUAAGAGUUAUGGCAUUCAAUCUCAUAUUGCGAGAAAUCCAAGAAUUUCUGGGGGCACUAGCACGAGCAAAAAUGGUUGAAAAGUCUACUGCUAGUAACCCUGCCACAGAGAAGAUGAGAAGCUAAAAAUGAAAGUGUUCGCAACACAUACCGAAAGGGUACUAAUUAAGCCGACCAUUAAUGACUAACACCAGGAGCGGUUUGAUCAAAUAAGGGAUCAGACCACUCUUAUAAACAGAAAACAAAAGCAAACUCUCAUAUUCGACCCUCGAACCCGUUUUGCCAGUUCCUCGAGUCGCGUUCGGUCACAGCCGUAAAACACACUAAUAAUUUAUAGAGGAUUCGAACCCCUACUGCUGAAUGAACUAUUUGUGAGUCCAGUCAGCGGGAAACCAACUCAUCUUCCAGUCAGCGGGGAACCAACUCAUCUUCCAGUCAGCGGGGAACCAACUGAUCGGAUAUAUGUAUUAACGAAUAGCCAAAGAGGGAUGGUAGUUGACUUGCUUAUUAUAUAGAAUAAGGAAGAAGUCACCAGCCGGUCUAGAAUCACCUACUUCCGGCCGGAUAAAGCAGCCAGCCAUCUUAUUCAUCUCUUUCUUCGCUCACCCACCUGUGGAUAAUCGAUCACUAUCACUUCCGUCAGCGGGUUCAGGUCUUUACUCGACUGCUAAGGAUACGGUGGUGGGGGAGGAGGAGAUGGUUGAUUAUAGAUAUUGAGGUGAUUGGGAAGGGGUGAGAGAUCGGAGUGGAGUAGCAGGGUAUCCGGAUAGCUGAUCAAAUCCCUCCGCAAACAAAUGGUACGGUUCUUUCAUCUAUUCCUCACUCGCUAGGGAUAGUCUUUCAUCAGCUCCAUUACGUGAAUCGAUCGAUUCCCUAUUCCCAGCGAUGGCUGGAUGUGGUGGCCCGUCCGAUUACUCCUCUUCUUCUGGUUUCGGAUCGACAUCUCUUCUUCCAUCGGCGCCCAGCCGGAAUCGAACGUGAAGGAGCGACCGAUAGGGAGAGGAGCGGAAGGAUGGAGAGGCUCGUGGCACCGGAUCUCGGUUUGCCUUGUUAGCAGCAAUUAAUGAGAUGAAGACAUCUGAAACCGGUCACGUGGCAGGCGAACAAAUCCCAAUGAAUUGUAAUGCAGCUGUUGACGAGUGUAUGCUUGGUGACUGGUAUCAGAGCGGGAUGUCUACUCGUACGGGAAAAUCCUUUCGAGGAAGAUUAACCGAUUAUCAACGAGACGAGUUGCUACUACAGUUGGUGGAGCAAUUCCAGGGCAUGAAUGAACAACCCCGUAGCCUGAAUGCUCGUGUGGGAGAUCUAUAAUCUGAAGCAGCAGCCUCAGUUUACAGGAAACCUGUCGGUCAAUCAUGAAGGAGAAUCAUCCGGAGGAAAGACUAAUAAGGAAGGAGAUGCUGAACAAGGUGAACAACAAGAGGACCAGCCACCUAAUCCAGUUCCGAGACGGGAAGUCCGGGUUGGCAGGCCCCCACAAGUGCCACAAACUCCCUUCUUAGAUUAGACUGGAAUGGGGAAGUUGCUUGAAAGAGAUUACUAUGAGCCUCAUGACACUGAAGAAGACAUCACAAAGAAAGUUAAAGUAGGCGUUCCAUAUUUUGAUGGUAGACUUAAUCCAACAACCUUUGCCGAUUGGUUGUCUGCGAUUGAUGAGUCUUUUUAUUGGUAUGACAUGAGCGGCGAGUUCGGUUUGUUAAGAUGAAGCUAGUGAGCCUCGCGAAGGUGUGGUGGAACGGUUUUGAAGGUGAUAUAAGAAGAUUGGGACAACCACCAAUAGCUACUUGGCAAGAGAUGAAGGCAAAGCUUCGAGAGAAAUACAUGCCGCCUAAUUACCAAGACAAGUUAUUUUAACAACUUUUCAAUCUCAAGCAAGGCAACAUGACAGUAGCGGAGUACAUGCAAAGGUUUGACGAACUCAAGACUCGGAGUCAAAUUGUUGAAGAUCCUCGCCACACUUUGGCUAGAUUCAAAUCUGGCCUGAGGUUCGAUAUAAGGAAAGAGUUGCUUCGGCAACCCCUUUCUAGUGUGGAACAUGGUUUUCAAGUGGCCUUAGAUAUGGAGGAGUACUUACGGGUGCCAACCGUCAAGAAAAUAACUUACCAAGCUGGGGAGAUAGCAGCAAAAAGGCUUACUGAUGGCAACCGAACUGCUAGGACAACACCUCUCCAACAAAGCCCAGCCUACAAGUGGAACAAGAAGAACAGCUUCAAGAAGAAGGAGCAGAAAAUGAGGAAGAUGAAGAGAAUCCAGAGUUCAAUGCAGACGACUUGGUGGAUUCUGACGUAGAUACCUCCCUUGCUAUGGUGGUUCGGCUCUCGCUGCCCCAAAGAUUGAGAAGUAAGAUUGGAAGAGAACAACCAUCUUUCAAACACUUGUCACCUGCGGCAAAGAAUUACGGAAGCUGGUCAUGGAUGGUGGGAGUUGCAUGAAUGUGGUUUCAGCCUCUACAGUUGAGAUAUAGAAGCUUCCUACCGAGCCACAUCCACAACCAUAUCAUGUCGCAUGGAUCAACAAAACUACCAUACCGGUAACUCAAUGCUGUUUAGUUUCUAUUUUAUGGUCAUUAUAAAGAUUCUAUUUGGUGUGAUGUUGUUCCCAUGAAUGUUACACACAUAUUAUGGGGUCGGCCUUGGCUCUAUGAUCGUGAUGUGUAUCAUUGUGGUAGAGAGAAUACUUCCCAUUUUAUGUGCAAGGCUAAGGAUGUUACUCUCUACCCAAAGAGUACUGAAGAAAAUGAAUAAAUCUAGUGUUUCCGUGAGCAGUAAGCAGCGGAUCUCCCCUUAUUUUUUGGAAAGCAGGUGGCCGCGUGUGAAUUCUUUCAAGACAGGGGGCGGCCUGAUUCGACAUUGUUGUUUACUCUGAUCCGGUCGAGGUGGUUUUCGUUUACCAGCGCGUAGGUGGUCUAAGUUCCUAUGACCGAGUCUUUCUAGCCCCUGUGAACAUCCUUUCUUAAUGUAUUAAAGAGGGCCUCUCUAACCGGUGAAAAGUGGUGGGUGUCCACUAACGGCCAUUCCUGGCUCGGCUCCGAUAACGCAAUUCCGGGAGGAGUCGGUAGUUGGGCACUGGAUCCCUUCGGAUCUGUAGAACGUGUGACGGCUGGGUCGGGGUUUGGUGAACCAACAGGUCGCUCCUCUAGUUGAAGUAUCGGGCCCCUUUUUCGUUGCCUAGGUUACACCUUCGGAAUACCCCAGAAGGGAAUUGGGCUCUACUUCCCCCAAUCUUCACUUUACGCCACGCCGACUCCCCUUUCGUCAUAAGGCAUGGAAUUAGACCAAGGGGAAUCUCCAUAGGAACGGAGUCCCUUAGAUUUCGCACAUAGGAGAUCGAGACACAGCCCCAGGGCUAUGGGGAAAGAUGUAGAUGUAGAUCGAUCGCCCUAGAUAGACAACUACAUAGAGGGUCUCUACAAGUAUAUAUAUACUUUUAUUUAGUUCUCCCCGUAAGAUCAAUAUCACAACCAAUGAGGUCUGCAAGUUUCACAUCUAAGUAAGACCCGAUCCGAUAGUUUACGAUAUAGAUAGAUAUAUAGUUAACAACAACAUUAUAAAAAAUAUAUUAAUAGAUAUCGGUAGUUGUCCGGUCGUACCCAAACAAUAAUAUUCCAGAGGGAAAUGCGCCUAAGAUCAAAUAUUUCGAACCGGCUUCCGUGGAAAAUUCAGACUUUCUUUUUGAUGCUGCGAUCACAUAAAAACAUAAACUUUGAGGCUCAAUAGCUAAAUACAUGGCAAUUGAAUCAUAAGCCGAGAUCAUAAAGAGCAUACUGCGAGUAGGAAGUGGAAUUAAUACAAUGGAUUCAGAAGCAUCAAACCUCUCUUGUUCGGAAGAAUCGAAACACAUCGAAAUGGUACCAGCCGUACUUAAUAAUAGAAGGAUUUGGCAGAAAUAUGUAAAAUUGUCCCUCCUAAAAAGAUUAUUCCAGAAUAAAUGGGCAAUAGUUAGAAGAGGUGCGCCAGCGGCGAGCAGAAGCAAGGUUAUUAGAUGCCUCAGGAAAGCCCGGCCAGAACCACACGUGCAAGUUUCCCUGCAUGUGGCUCGUCCGUGAUAACUUCUUCGGAUUUGCGUGAACUAGCGGACCGAUCACUAAGUGGGGAUGCUCCCUCCAGCAUGAGCGAACCUUUUCGGAACUGGUUAGGAAUGGGCGCCACUAUCCCAGCCCGGAUCCAGCCAGGUUCUAUUCUAUUGAUCAUGUCCCCUUCCCAACAGUUGUACCUUGUCUUGGGGCGUCUUUGUCUUUACGAGAGAAAACUCGCCGGAGAAAGCCAGGUUCCGUAGGUAAGCUCUAUUUGGCCCGGAGCAUUUAUUCCCCAAAUAGGCUAGCUCUAUCUCUCAAUUACCUAUCCUGUACUCGAUAAGGUCCCUCAGUUCCUCGGCAGCACCUCGAGGCGCAUUUAGUUGUCUUACAUGAGACUCGGGAUAUUCCCCACUCCAUGGCACCCUUCGCUCAUCCAUUCCGCCCGCCCGUCCAGACGCGGCGCCCUUUCUCAUUAUCAUCUACCGCCCUUUCUUUCCUCCCGGCUAUUCACGCAUGAAGAUCGUCGUAUGUAUGCUCGACUUCGGUUGGCGGUGCUAUAGGUAGGAGUACAUUAUGGCAGGAUCAGUCACCCGGGCAAACUAACCCUCCUCCAAGAAGAAUUGUGCUAUGUCCCCCCGAUCCCUAUAGAGCGAAAGAGCUGCCUGGUGAUCCCUAGGUUGCAGCACGUUCGGUCGUUAACUCCUCGCGCCGCUGCCGCCGUUUCUAGGACCGACCGACGCCUCACCUGCAC